AAAUGGAGGAAGAGUUAGUACAGAGAUCCCAUGCUAGCUCUUUUGCAUCCUCUUCUGAGGGUGAUUAUGCCCAGUCCCACGAAGGACAAGACGAUGAAAAUGAGGAUGCAGCAGGGUCCGGAGUUUUGUCCGACUCUGAGCCAAACGAUGCUGACGACUUUGAUUACUACCAAGAUGUUUAUCGAUUUGUCGGUGCUAUGAAAGAGGGGUUUCAGAACAGGAAAAUCAGUGUCGACUGGGAAACUAUUCAGAGAAAGAAAGCUGAGGUGAAAGAAGAGUUCCAGCGUAAGAAGGACGAGGUGACAGAAGCUGUGAUAAGUAGCAAGGAAAGAAUCAAGGAAAAGAGUCGAGAAAAGCUAGAUGCUGGAAAAAAGAAAAUCUUAAAACUUCGAAAGAAGACCUACAAACGGCUUAAAGCUAUGGAACCUGAAGAGAAUUAUCGGCAAAAAGUUGUAUUCACGAAAUCGGUUUUGACCCUUGUAUUGAAAACCUUUGCUGUAUGCUCUGGGCAAUGGCUUUUACCGUGGUACUAUGCCAUCACCUGCCCUACCCUCAUUGUCUGGAGGAUCAUAACAUACUGGCAAGCGCAGUUCCAGUACUUCUGUCUGGACUUCUGCUACUUUGGGAACCUCAUUAUCUUGCUCAUCCUCUGGUUAAAUCCAUCUAGUCCUGAGCUGUGCAGCCUCAUCUUUAGCUUAGCCAAUGGAAUGCUUUACCUCGGCGCUUUCUCCUUCCGAAACUCUCUGGUAUUCCACAGUGUGGACAAGAUGACCUCCACCUACAUCCACACUGUACCGAUACUGCUGAGCUUUGGGAUACGAUGGUACCCUGAGGUUACCUCCAGGUACUGGCACGCCAGCUUCCCCACAGAAGCCCUCGACCCAUCCUGGCAGUGGAAUGUCCUCGUACCUUUCCUGGUGAUGGUGACACACUCAGCACUCUACACUCUGCUGGUUAAUGUCAUCCUGCAACCGGAGGAGCACAUAGUCACCUCAUAUCGUUAUCUCAGUGCGAAGAAGAGCAUUAAGAGGGUGUUUGGUCCGAAUCCUCCUUACAUUGUGUUCGUAACAGUCAACUGGAUUUGUUCCCUUUUCUUUUCCACCCUCUCCAUGGUAUUCUACAGCUAUUUCUAUUUCCAUGUUUUGGGAAUUUGCGUUCUGUUUUGGUUUGUAACUUGGAACGGAGCUGGCUAUUACUUUUCUGUUUUCAGAAUGUCAUUGGCCACCAAAAAUGACCGAGAAACUGAUAAAGAGGAGUAGAUUUAAAGAUUGAGGUGUUGGGUUUUCAUAAUUUAAUUUCCAGUGGUGUUGAUCGCCCUGUAGAAGGUUAUUAAUAAUUAAUUGCCGUAAUUUGCUUCGACGCUAUUAUAAUAAAGCCAAUAAUAUUUGUUAUUUAAACGAAAAGUAAAUUACUUAAUUAAUGUUCAGAGACUAACUUUCGAUCGUGAUCUCUUUUUUUAGAAUUUAGCUGUUUAUCAAAGAUUCCUUUACAAUAUGUAUUAGAACUGUGAUUAUUUCUUUCAUGAAAUUGAAUCAGACGUGAAUAUCCAGAAACAUUGUAAUUGAUCUACGUAAUUUGGCUUUUAGUUUGAGUUUUAAUUUGUGUGUAGAUGCAAUCAAUCAAUUUUACGAUUUAGUCGAAAUAUUCCCAUUAUUUGAAGUCGGUACAAAUACCUCUUGACAUGUAAGGCAUGUUUUAAACCUAUUUUAUUCGAUGAAGAUGUGAUUUUUUAUAAAUAUUUGUUUUUUUAAGUAUUUCAGUUCAACUUUAGUCGUGACUGACGGAAAUGAUGCGGUUUUGCAUUCUAAUCUACGAUUUCUGGCUUUUAUAUUAUGUUAAUUUUAAAACAAAUAGUAAACUCUACGACCCUUUUUUGCCCUUUAGCUAUCGCCCUGCUUUGUUUUGACAAUUCGGUGUGAUUAAUUGUAUUUGUUGCGGAUUUUCAUAAUCAUGAUAAUGAGAUUACAUCCUUUUUAAAGUUUACCAGUUUAAAGUGGGAAUAUUAUGAAAUAAAAUUUAAGAUUUUUAAUGUAGAAUUGUUAUCGCUAUUUUAUAACUGGAUCGAACCAAUCAAUAAUUUAUUAAUGUAUUCGUUACAAAUUACAAAUUCUGUUACAUGUUAAAACUUUC